GAAUGAGAAUGAUAAACAGUGCUAGCCUUAUUACCUGUCGUGAUCUUCGAUUCCCAAAUCUACUGGUCUACAUACAGACAUACUGCAUGAGAAAAUGGAGUCAUCAAGAGGACAAGAGAUCUCCAUUUUAAACUGGAAGUGGGGUUACGUCAUCGUACUAUGCAAAUUCAUGACAAACAUGGCGGUUGGGAUCACCAAGGCUUUCGGCGUUCUCCUCCCAGUGAUGGUUGAAAGAUUCAACAGAAAUUACGCCACAGUAGGCUUCAUCUGCAGUUUACCCGGUACAAUCAUGCUCUUUUCAGGUCCUUUCGUUUCCUUGGUCCUCCAGAGAGUAGAUCAUCGAAUCGUUGCCAUGUUAGGAGGGGUAAUAAGUGGGGGCUGUCUGGUAGCAUCCGGUUUCAUCUCCAACAUCACCGGUCUUGGUUUCACCCUGGCGCUCACAGGGAUUGGCCGAUGCUGUGCCUACUUACCGAUUGCUCUCCUGAUGAACCAGUAUUUCAAAGAGAAUUUUGUUCUAAUGAACACCAUAGCAUCAUAUGGUUCAACAGUAGGCGUAAUGUUCCUACCCGUUAUCGCUGAGCGAUCUUUAGAAGCGUACGGUUACUCUGGAGUUUUCAUGAUUCUUGGAGCGAUUAUGUUUCAUAAGGUUGCAGGUGGAGCGGCCAUUCGGAAACCAAUCUUCAGCGUGAAAGAUAACACCACUGGACAAAGUGGUAGUGAACAAGAUCCGUCGGAGGUGAUCCGUCAUGAACCGUCGGAGGAUGACGAUGAGGAAGAUGGUAUAGAAGGAGGUGAUCAAAUGACAAAAUUGAAAGAUGAACUGAGAGAUGAUACGGACCAAGGCCAGGCACUGGCAGAAAGCCGUUUUCAUACCAAGGAAAACCUUGAAAAUACGGAGACACUAAAUGCUGCAAUCGUAAUAAAUGAUACAAAAAGAUACGAGGAGGAUAAAGGGAUUUUAAUUGAUGAUAAUAACGAGGAACACGUUUCUUUGCUCAACAGUGCAUGCGAUCAUCCUGGUGAGGUGGGCGAUCUUCCUGAUGCGUCAAGAUCUGGUCAAGAUGAUAGUGAGAAAUAUAAUUUAUGCUCAUCAUUUAUAUCUCGCUGCAAACUGUUUAUGACCAAGGAAGCUCUGUUCCUAAUGUCCCUCCCAGCGACUUACCUUCGUGCUUAUUCGUUCGAAGCCUGGGUCUUGUACCUAGUGCCUCACUCAGAGCAGUUAGGCAUUACCCCAUCUCGAGCUGUCUUCUUGUCUUCAAUUGGUGGAAUCAGUGGGAUUAUUGGCAGAACCAUUACUGUCAUUCUCCUCGUUAAGAAAGUACACAUGUUCAAAAUCUAUAUCACCGUUGGUUUUAUUACCAGCUUGUCAUUUUUCUUUGAUUUCGUCGGCGAAUCAUUCAUCAUUCGUUCAGUUUGGGCAUUUCUUCAGGGCCUCUGCUUUUUUGUAUUGGAUACUGCAGACGCAACUUUUCUUAAACUGACGUUGGUAGAUGAAAGCAACUUCAGUUUUGGCCUUGGACUGGUGAUGUUAAUACACGGCUGUGGUAAUAUCUCGGCGGGGUUACUCACAGGAGCUUUGUUUGACGUCAUCCAGUCGUACACCAUCGUCUUCAUGAUGAUUGGAAUCCCUGUUUUGUUCUUUACCAUCAACACUGUAGUCAUAUCGGUACUGUUAAACAGGAGAGUCAAGUCCAAAUACGUUUAGCAUUGAUAAAUUGAAAGGAAACCUCUCUUUAUCCACGAGCUUGGUUUGACGUCAUCCAAUCAUAUACCAUCUUGUUGUGUUAAAUCACCAUUACAUUGAAGUCGUAUCGGUACUGUUCAACAGAAGAGUGAUCCUUUGUUGUUGUUUUUUGUUUUUUGGUUUCGUAGGCCUAUCGCUAAAAGUUUGAUUGUGUUUCGUUUUAAGAAGCUAUGGUUAAAAUCAACCGCUAGAUAGAACAAAUUACUCAAUUUCGUUAAGGAAUAUGUUCCGCUUAGACUACGUAUGGCGCCCGAAUCCCUUAAAAUUUCAAAAGAUGUUUUUAAAAGAACCUUUUAGCAGAAUUUUUGGUUAAACCUAACGCUACUUUGUAAUUUUGUCGAUCAGACUUAUCAAAUGAGCAUGAUUCAGGUUAUUUAAACAUAAUAUGGCUUAAAAUUUCAGUAAAUAAGAUCGAUUGAUCGAUCUGUAUUGAAAAACAAGUGAGAGAAAAUCUUGGAACUAGCGGGACUUGAACCUGCAUCUACUACUUGCUGGGCAGCGACUCUACCACCAGACCAUCACUGGUCCAUGUCACAAUCAGGAUGAACUAGAA